CUCGCACUUGGUUACUUCCGGCGAGGAACUGUUGGAAAGUGUCGGACGCGGUUCUCCCUUGGCUUGUGAGAACUCCAUCUUCCAAGCCGGGGCUGCGGGGAGUUUGCUCUUUAGGUCCCCGGGAUUUAGGGACUGGAGAGGAGCGAGUAGGGCAUUGUGUCCACACUGGGGUCCUGUCCCUAACCUUGACCCGUCCGGUCUCUGUCUCAGGGGUCAGGAGCUAGUCUGAGGAAUCCAGAUCCAAAUUUCUGUCUACGACCGUGCUUUCUCCUAGAACUAAUGAAGUCUUCCGUUCACCUAUCAAGCCCGUAUGGCUUGAAAGCCAGGACCAGAUAUGACCAUUUUAAUGGGUUUCACUCCUAUUCCGACUUAAGUUUGGCUUAUGAUAGAGAGAAGAAACGACUCUGUCUGGAAUAAUCUCGUCCUGUUAUUAAUAUGAGAUGUGUACUUUCUCAUUUCUAAAGUUGUGUUUUACGUUGGGCUUGACGUCACUUUUUGUGGCCGUUUAUUUGCGUUUUUAAAAUCUGGAAGUAGUUACUAUUAGUAAUUUUGUGGGUAAAGUGAUAACUGACUUGUAGUCGGUAUCUUUAAGUGAAUGACUUUAUUGAGUGGUUUUCUUUAGUAUAGAUGACGUCUUUGCCGCCUCUCUUGGCUAACAAUAAUUCCCGACGUACCAGUAAGGUUGUUGACUGCAAAAAGUGCCCUUCAGAAGAGCAGAGAACGAAUUGGGUCAGUGUAACGGGCAGCCUCUAGAGACUCUGAGUUGGAAUGAUAAUGACAGAAUCCAAGAAAGUUACACACUUAGAGCCUCCAGCUGAGACUUCUUCGCAAGAGCAAGCUGAUCUUCUCAUAGUGAAAGUGGAAGAAGAGGACUGCUCCUGGAUGCAGGCAUACAACCGGCCAAUGUUUGAGACUUUUUACCAACGCUUCAAGCAUUUCCAGUACCAUGAGGCAACGGGACCACGGGAUGCUCUCAGCCAGCUCCGGGUACUCUGCUGUGAGUGGCUGAGGCCGGAACUGCACACCAAGGAGCAGAUCCUAGAGCUGCUAGUGCUGGAGCAGUUCCUCACCAUCCUGCCUGAAGAGUUCCAGGCCUGGGUGAGAGAACAUCACCCCGAGAGCGGAGAGGAAGCCGUGGCUGUGAUCGAGAGUAUCCAGAAAGAGCUAGAGGAGCGCCGGCAACAGAUUGUCACAUGUCCUGAAGUGCUUUCUCAGAAGAUGGUACCACCCGGAGCCACGCAGGAGCCCUUCAGUCACCGGUUUCUGCCCGUGGAGGCCCAGUCUAAUCAAGAGUCACGGAAUCUUCUGGAGGAAAACGCCCAUCCUGUUCUCCAGGUUCCUUCUGUUCCCCCGAAGGACAGCCAGGAGCUGACAGCCUCUCUUCUCUCAGCCAGGUCCCAGAAGUUGGUGAAAAUCGAAGAUGUGGCUGAUGUGGCUGUGUCCUUCAUCCUGGAGGAAUGGGGACAUUUGGACCAGUCCCAGAAGUCUCUUAGUAGGGAUGACAGAAAGGAGAAUUGUGAGCGUAUCACUCCUGUGGAUUCUGAGUCCAGGGAGGGCAACUUAGAGCUUGUGGCACGGCAGAUCUCCGGUGGCGCUGACUCACACUGGGGGGCAGCAGGAAGCACAGAGAGCAACGGCGCUCAGAGUCAAGAGCUUGCAGAAGUUAGCGACCUAAAGAACAUGGCGCAGAGGUGGCAGGUGAACCCCACUGUGGGGAAGUCAAGGCAGAAAAGAGCUCUGAACUCAGGCCCAGAUGGCAGCCGUAAGCAGAAAUCCAACCGUGAGCGAGGUCACAGAUGCGCUGACUGUGGGAAGUUUUUCCUCCAAGCCUCAAACUUCAUUCAGCAUCGCAGAAUCCACACAGGAGAGAAACCAUUUAAGUGCGGGGAAUGUGGGAAAAGCUACAAUCAGAGGGUGCACCUCACUCAGCACCAGCGAGUCCACACUGGCGAGAAGCCCUACAAGUGCCAGGUGUGCGGGAAAGCCUUCCGCGUGAGCUCCCACCUGGUGCAGCACCACAGCGUUCACAGUGGGGAGAGGCCCUAUGGCUGUAAUGAAUGCGGGAAGAGCUUCGGCCGCCACUCGCACCUGAUCGAGCACCUGAAACGCCACUUCAGAGAGAAAUCCCAAAGAUGUAGUGACAAAAGAAGUAAGAACACUGAACUGAAUGUUAAGAAACUUCCAGAAUUUUCAGAAGGAGACGUGGAACUAUCAGAAGAAAUCCAAAGUAAUGCUUCUCAGGUUGAAGGUUAUCCUGAAGGCUAUGAACACCAAGAUAGGGCAGGUAGACAGCAGGGAAUUGUGAGAGAGAUCCCAGGACAGCCUCCUUCAAAGAGGAUGAAUUGCAGUGAAUUCAGCUCCGUCCACAAAAAGUCUUCCCCGGGAGAGCGGCCGCAUAAGUGUGAGGAAUGUGGGAAAAGCUUCAUUCAGAGUGCACACCUUAUUCAGCAUCGCCGCAUCCAUACUGGGGAGAAGCCAUUUCGGUGUGAGGAAUGUGGGAAAAGCUACAAUCAGCGUGUCCACCUCACUCAGCAUCACCGGGUUCACACUGGUGAAAAGCCCUACACCUGUCAUUUAUGUGGGAAGGCCUUCCGAGUGAGGUCCCAUCUCGUCCAGCACCAGAGUGUGCACAGCAGGGAGAGGCCCUUCAAGUGUAAUGAGUGUGGGAAGGGAUUUGGGAGGCGUUCACAUCUGGCCGGCCACCUCCGACUCCACUCUCGAGAGAAGUCCCACCAGUGCCAUGAAUGUGGAGAGAUCUUCUUCCAGUAUGUCAGCCUCCUUGAACACCAAGUGCUCCAUGUGGGCCAGAAAGGGGAGAAGAACAGCGUCUGUGAAGAAGCCUAUAGCUGGAACUUGACCGUGAUAGAAGACAAGAAGCUGGAGAUAGAGGAGCAGCCGUACCAGUGUGAUACCUGCGGGAAAGCCUUUAGUUACAGUUCCGACCUUAUUCAGCACUACAGAACUCACACUGCCGAGAAGCCCUAGAAAUGUGAUGCAUGCAGAGACAGUGCCUGCCAGUGUCCCCACACAAAUCAGCACCCGAAAAGCUGCCCCGGCGGGAAGUCCCAUCAGUGCAGUGAAUGUGGGCAGGGCUUCAGUCUGAAGUCUCAUCUCAGUCAACACCAGAGAAUCCACACUGGGGAGAAGCCCUUCCAGUGCAAAGAAUGUGGAAUGAGUUUCAGUUGGAGCUGUAGCCUCUUUAAACAUCUGCAAAGCCAUGAGAGGACAGAUUCCCAAACACCUGAAGCGUGAAGGAGCCUGUUUCUGUUGGGAAACAGCCUGGUUUUAGAGCAUUCCAUGGCUGACAUAAUGUAACGACAACAAGAAUUUUUCCAUCUUAACCAUCAAACCUACAGGCGAGGGGGAACCCUGCAGGUAGAACUUAGCUUUCAGGGACCCUGUCGCCUCCAUGGAGUGUUCUGGUUAGUGUCUUCAUGCUUGGAAAUCUAGAUGAAAAGAGACCCUCUGGCUAGAUAUGGUGGUGCUCGCCUGUAAGCCUUGGGAGGCAGAGACAGGCAAAUAUUUGGUUUAUAUAGCAAGUUCCACACCAGCCAGAGCUAUACAGUGAGACCCCUGAGUGAGAGAGACAGACAGACAGACAGACCUCUGAGUACUGUAGAUGAAGCUCAGAAAAUAACAAGCCUCAUGAGUGCAGUAGAAAUUAGCCUGUAGUUUCCACCACAGCAGCACAGCUGUUCAGAGAAUCUUGCAUUGACAGGAACUGUGGCAUGAUGCCCAUCUUCCUGAAACAGCUGCCCAACCACCCUAGUCAUUGUUCCCAUCCUGAGUAUUAAACCUUUGGAAAAGAAGUUGACUUGAAGUUUUUCUCUUUGUCAAAAUUGGGGUUCAGAGGAUGGGUGGGACAUGUUCUUGCUGCUGCCUACAGUUUACAGCUUCUCUAGACAGCACAACUUGUUUUCAUUUUGAUUCUACUAGCAACAAGGUCAGCUAGUAUUAAGUACCUGAGAUGGCUCAGUGGGGAAAAGGGCUGACUACCAAGUCUUGACAUUGACAACUUGAGUUCAGUCCUCAGGAGCCACAUAGUGGAAGGAGAGAACUGACUUCUGUAAAUUGUCCUCUGACCUCCACACAUGUGCUUUGGUACUUGCAUACACUAACACAUAAGUUUUUAAGAGUUUGACUUGUUAGGUGUGGUUCCAGGCCAUCCAGAGCCAGACAGUGAGACCAUGUCUCCAAAAAACAAAGUGGAAAACUGGGCGAUGGUGUCGCAUGCCUUUAAUCCCACCAGUCAAGAGGCAGAGGCAGGUGGAUCUUGUAAGUUCUAGGCCAGUCUGGUCUACAGAGUGAAUUCCAGGACAGCCAGGGAAUAUACAGAAAAACCCUAAAAAGGAAGGAAGGAAGGAAGGAAGGAAGGAAGGAAGGAAGGAAGGAAGGAAGGAAGGAAGGAAGGAAGGAAGGGUGUGGACAGAAAAAAGCUAAUUUUUCAACUGGAAAAAGUUUAAUUUGUAAAUUUAUGAAAAAUGAGGGAUGCUGGUCAAUAAUCACAUAAGUUACAGGAGGGGGUCUUUGUGAAGGACAAGCUGCUCAGUGGACUGGCUUAUAGUACAGAUAAAGUGAACAGCUAAAUCUUUCUAAUGAAUGGGACCAAGUUUUAUUAUUAAAGAAUUUUGCCCUUGUGUACCUAGUCACAGCAUGGUGGCGUAGAGACCCAAGCUAACUUGAACUCAUUAUGUAGGGGGCGGAAAGAUGACUUUGAAUUGAUUCUCUUGCCUCUACCUCCCAGUGAUAGGACGAGAGAGAGUAGGAGAGAGAAGAGAACCGUGAUGGUGUGGGCUUUAUAAAGGCUUUGCAACUUGUGGCCUAAGUAGAAAUGUGUCACAUUUGGCUGCUGGUAAUGAUGUCGCUGCUGGCGCUGAGUUGCUGAAGGUGGGCUGGGGGAGCGCCUGGUUCUGAAAUGUGGGUGGUUCUUGGUUUAUCAAAAUUCUUCCCUCUUACUUAUUAUAAAAGGUGAGGACAUAGGAAAGGGUGGUGAUGAGGCAGGAAUGGGGGUACCAUGCUCUUUAGGCUGUUUCCUGAUGUCUGGGGACAUAGACAUCUUUGGGGACCCAUGAAAGCUGGGUUGCUGGUCAGGUCUGGGAAGAUUAGGCUGUUUCACUCAGUGCCCAGGCUCUGCAAGACUAUCUGGGGUUAGGGAAGUGCGGGCAGCUAGUCACUCUGGAACUAUCCAGGAUGCAGAUGUUGAGGGAACACCUGGAGCUGAGGUUACUUGGACAGAAUAUAUAUAUAUAUAUUCAUAGUCUGAUCUCACCUAGCAUCACAAUGGUAGGUUCGGAAAAUAAAAACUUUCAAGUUGUCUCUCAGCAGAGUAUAGUGGUGCACAAGAAAGCAAAGGCAGGAAGAGCAUGAAUUUGAGGCCUGCCUGUGUGCAGCACAUCACACAUACACACACACAUACACACACACACACACACACACACUAUAAAGGGACAGAAGGUAAAGUUGGGGAAUUUUUUUCCUAAGUGUACAUUUGAAAUUUUAGGCCCAUGCUCCUUAUAGGUCCCAAGACCACAGAAGGGGUAGGGUAGAUCCCACCCUCAGGAAUAAAUGGAACAGGCAGGUGGGGAAACAGACUGUUGGUUGACUGAAUUUAUCUAGAGUUCAUUUGACCCUUGAGAAGUGUAUUUAAGUUGACUCCCUGAAGCUUACAAUAAUUUUUUAAAGCUUAGGAAAAGAGAUAAGUUUUAGAUAUGCUAGCAUUACCACUGUUUGUAAUCUGUGCUGAAAUCCACAUUGUAUAAAAGGCUAUAGACUCAAUCCUGGUGGUGGUGGUGGUGGUGGUGCACACCUUUAAUCCCAGCACUUGGGAGGCAGAGGCAGGCAGAUUUCUGCAUUUGAGGCCAGCCUGGUCUACAGAAUGAAUUCCAGGACAGCUAGGGUUACACAGAGAAACCCUGUCUCAAAAAAUUAAUAAAUAGGGUUGGAGAGAUGGCUCAGCAGAUAAGAGCAUUGCCUGUUCUUCCAAAGGUCCUGAGUUCAAUUCCCUGCAACCACAUGGUGGCUCACAACCAUCUGUAAUGAGGUCUGGUGCCCUUUUCUGGCCUUUGGGCAUACACGCAGAAAGAAUAUUGUAUACAUAAUAAAUAAAUAUUUUAAAUAAUAAUAAGUAAA